UUACAGCAAUCAUGUCUAUGACAGCGGAGGCAGCCUAUACGGCUCUGGGACUCGAGGAGGGAUGCACAUUGGAGGUCGUGAAAACCGCGUAUAAACAGGCAGCUCUGAGGACCCAUCCUGACAAAAACCCGGACAACCCAGAAGCCACUGCCGAGUUCCAAAGAGUUGGAGAAGCGUUUCGUGUCUUGGAAAAGCACCUUGGUCCAAGGAGGCACAUCUUCGACGGUUUUUCUGACGAAGAAUACGACGACGAGUACGAUUACUACGACGAUGACGAUGACUACUAUGAAGACAUGGAGUUUUUCUUCGAGCUUUUUGAGUACAUGAUGCGUGGCGGUGGAGGAAGGUUUCGCUUCCAUUCUGCGGACCCGCACAGGAACUACCGUCGCUAUGACGUGGUAGACGAGUCUCCUCAGGUAUAUCAGGAGCGUUUGGAGCGUUCCAGGAAAGAACAAGAGGAAGCACAGCAGAGGCGUGAACGCGAGGCUAAAAUUCUUAAAGAACGUCGAGCAGCGGAGAGAGAAGAAGAGCGCAUCGCCGCUGAAAAGAGACAGAAGCAGAAACAAGAAGCCAAAAAGGCCAAAGUUCAGUCCGACAAGAGGAAGGCUGAAGACGCUGCCCGUGUGCAAGCACAGAAGGCCCAGCGGCUGCGGUCGGAGAUCUUCGCUGCUGCUCGUUCUGGCAAUGCUGAAAAGGUGAAGAAGGGUGUUUGGGAGUACUCUGUUGAUGCAAGCGGUGGUGAAAUUAGGCCCGGGUGUGAAGCAUACGUGAACUCUAAACCGAAAGACCCAACAGAGACCUUGCUUCAUCUCGCUGUGCGGAGCGGCGAUCUUGAUCUUGUUCAAUGGCUCGAUACUCAUGGUGCUGACAUGGAAGAGAGAAAUUCGCAAGGUUGGACAGCACUUCACCUUGCCCUCAAACUAGGCAAGGUUGAGAUCGUGGAGCACAUCUUCGAGGAGUUUCCCCCUGAAGACGCACCAUCACUCUAUGAUUUGCCAGGUUCUGGGAGUUCAUUGCUCUUGGCCCUUGAUUCCGGUGAACCCCAGCUAGUCUGGAGAAUCCUGGACAGCGGCCUCGCGACUCCGGACGAUAUUAACAAGGCCUGGACGAAAGCUACGUCCAACAAAGGACCCCAGUCUCCCAUCCAUAAAUUGUCGACGGACGCAGAAAAGCAAUCCGACGUUCUCAAGCUCCUCAUGCGGUACGGUGGAUUCACCCCUCCUCCAACACCACACAGCAAGACGGCCCAGUCGUCGAAGCUGGAUUCUAAAGGGAAUCAUGAGAGCAAACCGGCCCACCGUCGCAAUCAAUCGAAGGCGUCGCAGCAACUAACACAAACCCAUGCUCCUGAAAUUAGUGAUGUCCCGAAACAAGGGGCACAACCAGACCCAAGGCAAUCGAAUCGCGGUCGUGGUCGUGGCAGGGGUCGUGGUCGAGGUCGCGCACGGGCCUUCGCGAACUCUCCUACCCAUCGUUAA